GUGCAAAGCCAGAGCGGCGCGAGAACGCGAGAGCGUAACAGCGGCGCCGAGAGUCGUCUUUUUCACGUAAUCGCGUAAACCAGCCACCGCGAGACGCGCGAAACGCAGGAAAGCCGGGCGUGCGUUGCACAUGUAGUCCCUUCAUCAAAUAUGUGCAUUAUUAGAAUAGUUCACGAUCAACAAUAAAUUGGCAUUUUUUAAAGUAAACACCUGUGAACAUCCUAGUGCAAAAUUUCUAUGGAUACUGUGCGAGUUGUGUAAAGUGAGGGGCGAAAAGUUUUGGAAUUUAAUGUGCGUUCGCCGUUAGACGUCAUUAUAAUUUAAGAUGAUGCGCAUUCUAGUCACGAUCAUGGUCCUCGGACUGAUGGCGGGCACGCUCGCCGCCCCACAAUCAACCUACGCGAAUCAGGCAAACAACGUCGAGUACAUCGGCGAAGGGCUGCCUGAUCAAGCAACGCUAGACGGCAAGGUUACCAAAUUGGACGACCUUAGUCCGGUGAUCUUCCUGAAUCGAACGAAAGCUGCGCUCAACUGCGCUGCGGGUUCGAUGCAAGUCGAGCUGAAAUUCAACGACCGAUUUUUUGGUAUUGCAUAUGCUGAUUACGACCAGAAUUCAGCUUGUAAAGUGGCUGGAAAGGGUGACCACAGUUAUAAAUUAGAGUUACCCUUAAAAGGAUGUGGUACUAAACAGGAUCCUCAACGUGUAUUCACUAAUAAUAUUGUUGUACGAUUCCACCCUUCUCUUCAAAUGGAUGUAGAUGAGAUUAUUACCAUCGUGUGCAGGUAUCCCCCACCUGUAGCUCCAAUCCCAGCUGGUUUACCAAGUUUUAUUCAGGAGGAUGUAGCACCAAUUGCUGCCCUGGAACCACCAUUAAAAGGCUUUCAGAUUCUGUUGAUUAUCUGCGCGAUUUUGUUCCUCUCUCUGCUGCUGCUGGGCCUGGGCUGUUCCUAUUACUGCCUGCGCAAGAGGCCGCUCACCAUCAUCAGGCAUCCACUACCGAGCGUUACAGGUUCGGAAAUAACGAAACUAUCCGGAAGUUCACUAGGCAACCUCUCAAUGUUUGAGGGUCUGAAAAUCCCCCGAGUUCAUGCACCGGUUGUAGUGGCACCGAGCAGUUCCGGCAGCGACGGUUUGCUAAUAAGCGAUACUUUGCCAUCAGAUUAUCCCUCCGAAUCACAUUCUGAGAUCGAGGACGUCGAAACACGUUCGUUGCCUGUCUCAUCCGCAGGCAGCUAUGAGAAUGAAGCGUUUGUCCAGGAAGCUGUACAGCAGAUACACGUACCACGUGUUCCCCUGGUUGCUGUAAAGGAGGCACCUACAUUUGAUGUACAGGUGAGGGUCAAGAGACAGGCACCAGCUGCUCCACCAAGUUUGCAGUUAUCUUCCGACUCGGAGAGCUCAGUAGCACCCAGUGUUAGGAAUUUAUCUACGAUUGUUGAACAAAAAGAAGAACGGGAAAGUAUUAGGAGUUUAGAAAGUCCACAAAUGAUUGAACGUAUGCAGUUUACUUACGUACCCGAGUUACAUCCACCUCCUAAACAUGUACAACCAGCUCCAACUUACAAUAGGAUUUUGAAGAGGCAACAACAGGAACUUAUCGCUAAACCGCCACCACCAGUGACACCUCCCGAAAUCUCGACCCACGAAGUGGAUGAUGUAUUCUUACGUACAAUCACCGAGAAACGAACAAUCGAAGACAUCGAACGACACAAACGCCUAGUUACAGAAUUCCAUACUCGCCAACCCGACCCACAGAAAUGGGACGUCACUAUUAAAAACUACCCGAUUGAAAGACCAGAACCCCCAGAAUGGGAGAACUUCUCUGAUAUCUCUUCUACUUCUGGUAUGACUCUAACACCUAAACCAGAACGCGCUACUAUGAGUCUACCACCUCAAACCAUCAAUGACAAUAAGCUGCCACUCAACUCGCCCCAUUUGAUUGGUAAUAUACAAUCCGCUCCGCGUACUUCCACCUACUCUGAAGAAAUGUCCUCAACUCGUCUUGAACACUACCUUGAACAAUACCAGGUCCCAUUGGAGAACCCAGAAGUCCAGAACUGGAAUGUUUUGAUCAGAGUCUUCCAACCUAUUGAGGAAGAAGGUCCUGUCAUUGACAAUGCAGAAACCUUUAACUCUCAGUUGACUCACGCUGAUAAAAUAAAAUGGAGGCAGAUCCUGACUACAGAAAGUACUCUCAGGUCUAAACUGACCGAGGCUACCGUUAGGGAAGAUUAUGAACGUAUCCGCCAGGAUCACAGAUAUGAAAAUCUGUUUGAGCCCCAAAAGUGGGACGUGAUUAUCCGUGUCCUCACUCCGAUUGAGAAACCCAAACAAAACCGUUAUCGCAAGAAGGCAGAUUGGGAUACACGCAGUCGUCGUAGUAGCUUACCCACUUUGUAUGAAUAUGACAGUGAUGGUGGUAGCUCCGCACGUACACUUACAACCGAACCCAUGCUACAACCACAAGCAAUGCGUUCACGUAAAACAUCACGUUCCAGUUAUCGCAGUGACGCAGAUGUGCGCUCUAUGAGCGAAAUGAUUGUUGACUUCCGGCGUCAGGAACAUGACUCACAAUCAGAAGCCUCCAGCUAUUACCCACGAUAUGGUUAUGAAACCUAUGAAGGUGACCAGUAUAAUCCAUCACUGGCACGUUCAUUGAGUCAGCCGUCCCUGGCGAGAUCCGCUAGUGAAUUUACUGAGAGGUGGAUAGCACCAUCACGUUAUGACACAGCUAGUGAAUUCACUUCUCCGGAAGGUACUCCCAAGAGUCAACGCAGCAGUAAAAUCCAACCAAUGCAUGUGCCACGUGGUCAAAGCGCCGCGCAAACAUCAGUCUGGCAAAGCACUACUCAAAUGCGAGGACAAGCUGAAUCCGGACGCGUCGCCAGCGCCACCACAAGACAGGUUAUGUCAUCGCAGCAGUAUAGAAGUGAAGCUAGUACAAGUUUCAUGGGACCACCGGACAAAAACUGGUUUGGGGACAACGAUAGCGAGGCUAGUUACAAAUAAGCACUGCCGCUUUUUUUUGCAAAGUCAAGAUGAAGGGCAAUUUAUACAAAGUACAUUUAAACACUGCCUCGAUGCAUGGAUCAAUAUUUGACCGAGAAAAAUGUAAAAAUUUUAUUUGAAGAGAGAAAAUAUGUUAGUGUAACUAGCUGUGAUAACGAAAGCAACAAUCCUUCCAUUCGAUCUAUUUUUCAAGUUGCUCUGCCAACAAUUUACUUCUUGUACUUUUUACAAUUUGAUCAACGCUUAGAAUUUCUCAAACAUCAAUCAGAAAUUUUAAUGCGAUUAUUCUACCAGAUUUUUUACUUGCCAUGUUUGUAAACUCAUAACCUGUAUUAAUAUUUAAUUCUGCAACUGGAAAAUUUGGUAGAAACAUUUAUGAUCGACGAUCAACUAUAUUUAAACAUUUUGAUUUUAUUUCCAACGUAAAAAUUUUGAUAAAUCUUUUCUGGUGUAGGUAAUUUAUAAUAUUUUAUUAUAAAUGAAUCGGGAAUGCUUUUUGUCUGUUAUUUUCCUUCUUGUGACAAAAUAAUGCGAAGCUCUGCAAAUAAUUUAUACAUACACGAGUUAUCAAGCUAACUUAAUACUGAAUUUAGCGUAAAUUUAGCGUAUAUAUAAAUAAUAUAUGAAAGAUAGUUUAUGUUUACAGUUAAAUCUAUUUUAAUACAAGCGGAAAUGAAGUUGUGUUAAAAUAUAGACGCAUGACAAUGUAUGUGAGAUGAAAUUCAAUUUUGGUGCUAUAGAAUUAGUUUUAAUAUAUAAAAUUGUAGAAGAAUAUUUUAUUACUUUACACUGUUGUAAAAUUAAAACAAAACCUUGUAAUAACAUAAUGUUGUAAAAACAGAAUAAAUCCAAGCUUUUUUCUACUAAAA